ACUUUUUUAUCAGACACUACCCCGGAUCGUCAGCCCCACCACAUUUGCAGUUCCUGCUAAAUCGUAUCCCAGUUGACAUCUACAUCUUUGGGAGAAUCUCGAAGGUGAUUCCGCGUUUGAAUUCUAUCUGGCCGGGUUCGCUGAAAGGCCCGUCGCGGAUGAUUCGCUGACCGGGUCGGAUUCUCUGUGACCAGAGGGUUGAUUGUCCUCUAGAGCGAUGACCGACGUCGAAGGAGGCCCGAGGACCAACGAGCACUUCGGAGGCGUCCGGAGCUCACAGGCCGGGCCGAGGGUGGUGCAGAUCUACAAGACGGAGACCGGAUUCGGCUUCAACGUCAGGGGCCAAGUGAGCGAAGGCGGACAGCUCAGGAGCAUCAACGGAGAGCUCUACGCCCCCUUGCAACACGUAAGCGCCGUUCUUGAAGGAGGAGCAGCCGAGAAAGCAGGAAUCAGGAAAGGAGACAGGAUAUUGGAAGUAAAUAACGUCAAUGUUGAAGGGGCGACUCAUAAACAGGUGGUAGAUCUGAUUAAAUCUGGUGGAGAUGUUUUGUCAUUAACUGUUAUUUCUGUUACUCCACAGGAAGCCGAAAGACUGGAACCAAGUGAAGACCAAACUAGUUAUAAUUAUAUUGAUUAUAGCGAAAAAAGGUCCUUACCUAUUUCUAUUCCUGACUAUCAUUACCUGGAGAGGGAUGGAGAAAAAUUUGCUGUCUUCAAUAUUUAUAUGGCUGGAAGGCAUUUGUGUUCGAGAAGGUAUAGGGAAUUUUCCAAUCUACACAAUACUCUAAAAAAAGAAUUUGUCGGCUUCAGUUUCCCUAAACUUCCAGGAAAGUGGCCAUUUGCUUUAAGUGGUCAGCAAGUAGACCAAAGAAGAAGGGGUCUUGAAUUAUAUUUAGAAAAAGUCUGUGCUGUCAGGGUAAUAGCUGAAAGUGAUAUUAUGCAUAAAUUUCUAACUGAUACUGAGGACCAGCAGGGAAACAUUUCUCCGGUGGACUUAAAAAUAUUGUUGCCUGACCGAGAGAUUUUGACUGUGACUGUUAAAAAGAAUUCAACAGCUAACGAUGUUUACUAUACAGUUGUUGAUAGAAUACACAUAUCAAACAAUACCUCUAAGUAUUUUUACCUCUUUGAAAUUGUCGAGUAUAAUUUUGAAAGGAAGUUGCAACCCAACGAAUACCCACAUAGCAUUUACAUCCAGAAUUAUAGUACUGCAAGUUCAACUUGUUUGUGUGUGCGAAGAUGGCUUUUUUCACCUGCAACUGAAUUAACAUUGUCUAAUGAUGAUUUGGCAGUCUUUUACUUAUUUUGGUUGGCUGUUGAUGCAGUGGACAGGGGCCAUGUUCACCCCAGCGAUAGGCUGUACCAGCUGAAAGCUUUACAAGACGCUUCGAGAAAACACGAAUACUUGAACUUGGCGAGAGAAUUACCCGGAUAUGGAGAAGUUGUAUUCCCUCACUGUGGAUGUGACAGUAGGAAAGAAGGACAUGUCAUUGCAGCUAUUGGUUUCUCUUCUUUCAAACUUCAUGCCUGUAAAAAUGAUGGCACAAUUGAGGGCCAAGUUAUAGAGUUUCCAUGGCAAACAAUAAAACAAUGGGAAAUUGAUGAAGAGGGAAUGUCAUUUUCAUUCCAAUAUCAGAAAGGAGAGAAAAAUUUGCGAUGGGUUAAAAUUCUUACACCUUACUUCUCAUUUAUGUUUGAUUGCUUCGAAAGAAUACAGGAAGAAAGGAAAUGGGCAGAUACCGGUGAAUGAUAAUGCCAUAGUUAAUGUAAUAAAGGCCACUGUAAAUAUAAAAAAUAAUUAAACAUUCUCAUUUAUAUAAGAUUUCCGAUAAAUUGUAGUAUUGUUAAGAAGUAGGGAAAGGAACACGAAUACAAUUACAAUUAGUGUUGUUGUUAGCUAAAUAGCCAUUUGAGAAUGGCUAAAUUAUAAUGAGAAUUAAUUCUGACACUUUAAACAUUCCAUUCAAAUCACAAAAAUAAUUAGUAGUUGAUUGUUUCGAUUGUUCCCUGAGAUUCUAUUUAUUGUAUUGACGCUUUUAAACCUAGUUUGAAUACAGUAUUUUUAUAAGGUUCUUCCUAUGGCAGAUUAAACAGAGUUUCAGUCAUAAAGUUUAAAAAAGUUAAUUGACAUAUUUUUGUACUUAAAAAUUACAAAUAGUUCACAUUCCAAUUGAAAUUUAUUUUUCUGUUAAACUGAACCAGGAAAUUGAUAAUUCGUUUAGAAAUCAGUAGGAAAUUUUUGUUAAACUGAAACUUAAAUUAAAAGUACGUAGACCAAUUUAGAAUAUAUUUUGUUCUCUCUUGUCUAAUUGAUUAAAUAUAGUGGAAAUAGACAAUGUUCGAUGUUGUUUAGAAGUUAACGUAUAUUACAUUGUUAAAAGCAUUAUUGGAUAUUCAUAAUAUAAAAGAUAUGUUUAGGACUUCGGCUGUGUAUUUUUUAAAUUUAGUAAAUAUUAUUAUAUUAUUUAUUUUCUAUUGCAUUUUUAUGAUUUAAUAUAUUACAAAUAAUUUAAUAGUACAAUAUAUUUGAAGUUAUUAUAUACAACAUAUAUGGGUUAUUCUGUAUAAUGUGGUGCCGUCCAUUAUUUGUUGUAUUGUUAUAUAUGUCAACAUUCGCAUAUAUAUAAUUCUUAUUGGCAUCAUAUUAAUAGUGCUUUGCUCAUUAUGUAUAAAGUUAUAUAGUCGGUUUUUCUAUUCGAUUGCUUUAUUAUUAUAAUUUUUUUUCAAUUAAAAUAAUCAAUAUUAAUCUCUUAGAACCCACAAUAAUAUUUAACUAAAGCAAAUUUAUUGUACAUAGCAAAAUACAUUGAAUCAUCACUUUAUUGCUGUACAUGUAUGGAAAACAAAUUUUUAUUGGAAAAAAUUACUAUUUUGUUCGUAACAUUUCAGAUAUAAUUUUGUAAUAGAUUUGUGAAUAUAGUAGAACUGUCUAAUCGUGUCAAUGGUUUAAGCAAAAAGAUUUUAGAACAAGAAAUUUUUGAAUAUAUACACAUUUCCACUUUA